UGCGAGAAAACCUCUAUCCUUUCAGCCAUUGGCGCUUAACUGCCAUACAUGCAUGUCUUGUACAGUGCGGAGUACGUACUGGGCUCGCUUCGCUGGCCACCCACACCGCAUUCUGUUCAGCCGCAUUUGCUCAAGGCCUAGAGCCCAACUACGUAUUGCAUGAUGAUUACCCCGCCUGCGUGAUCUGAUAUGACUGGCCCACGUCCAGUCUCACCGUAUCCUCUCUAGGAUCAGGAAUCCCAAACGCUAAUCAAGAACAUGACAGCAGAAUGUCGAUAGACCACGGGACAAGGGCUAUUGAUGUCGAGAGCUGGCUCACUGAGCCUGGGGCCUACAUGAGCGGUCUCGGCUUGGCGGGUUCCUUUUACGAAGCUAUCCUACAACUCUUUACCAAGCUCGUUCGGCACGCAAAAUCUUUAAAUGCAGAACAUCAUGUUCAACCCGCGGUGGCCCACAAGUAUACACACGAGCUGCGACGGUUCUACCUCUGGGGCGACGGGUUCGAUGCCGCCGAGGGCCAUCUCGAUGAGAUUCUUGUCGGAGCGGCCGAACUACGGGCCAAUGUCUUAUCGCUCCUCUUUCAGCUGAGCCGGGUGUUGACUACAGAGCUUGGUCGGCUUGCGGGUGUUGAAGACUUGCAAGCGGAUUCAUGGUUCGCCGCAGAGUUGGCAGAGGUGAAGAGGAUGCAAGAGAAAGUCAAUAUCGUCUUACAAGAUCCCGCAUCCUUUUUUGACCUGCCCGGAGAUGUCGAGUCUCUUUCCGGGUCGCAAACAUCCGACAUGGACGACGAAGAUGUGCUCGACGACAUAACCGUCUAUCUGGAUUGCCUGAUGGACCUGUGCCAGGCUCUAGAGAACCCGGCCGUGGAUCUGAUUGACGAGCAAGACGUGCUAGCACAAGAAGCCGAGCUUUUUGCCGUAUCGUCACAGCCAGCCGUAAACUACUGUCGCAAAAUAAGAGACCAGUACCCACAGCUGCCAAAGUUCUUGGUCGAGCGGCUGGGCGAGCUCAAUGCAGUCAGGGUUGCGCAUUUGCUGGAGCAAGAAAGACUCAAACUCGCUGCGGGGCUUGCUGGGACGGCGACCAUGCAGGGAAUAACUCAGAAGUCGCUCGGGCCACGGGACAACCAGACGUGGACGAAUCCCCCAACAGAGUCUCUAGUUUCCGAGAGCCACCGCAAUCCCACAGACACCACCAAAUCGACGCUUCGGUCAGACUCUAUCUUCGACACGAACCACCCCGCCGCUGCCGGGCCGUCGCGGCAGGCACAUCAGAAAAAACCGAGCAUAUCGCUCGAAAUCGAUGACACAGGAUCGGUUGCAACCUUUGCAUCAUUUUCAACUACGGCGUCAGCACUCAGCAAAGGCCGACCAAGAGUCCCUGCGUUGCCAGAGGUCGCCCAUGCUGGAGGACCAUUCUCUUGUCCGGCAUGUCACCAGGAGUUGCGUGGCAUAACCACUCGAGCUGCAUGGAAAAAACAUAUUUACGAUGACCUCCGGCCUUACUGUUGCACGUUCGAGACCUGCGAAGCGGGCCAGGACCUUUACAGUAGCACCGGGUCGUGGGCUAUGCAUGAGUUGGUUCACCACAAGAUCGCGGCGCUGCAGGGGGACAAUGAGACAAUGGGGCCCCAGCUUGAGCCGCACCUUGCAUCAAAGCGAGCCAAUCGACUAUGCCCCUUUUGUGGUCCCGUCUCACGACAGCUUGACCAGAUAGCCUACUUCAAACAUGUCAGUAAACAUCUUCAAGAAGUCGCCCUGGCUGCCUUGCCACAUACGUCUCAAGCAGAAGACGACUCGAGCUUUAGUAGUGCCUCGGACUCUCUGCCAUCUGGGAGGCCGGCAAUGGAAACAACUACCAACGAUGACAGAGCCUCGAUGGAAAUUAAGCACGUUGAUUCCAACACCGACGAGAAUGUGGAGCGGGCUUCAUCCCUAGCCACAACGCCCGCAAGACUAGAUAUCUACAUAAGCAAGCCUAUUCUCCCCUGUGAGCUAACCUUGUAUGAUCAGCGGUGUAUAUUUUCCACGAACGACGCAGUGCUGUGGCGCAAGCACAUCUUCGAACAUGUUGCCACCAGGUCGCCGUUCAAUGAAAGUUGGCCUUGCUGGUUUCCGGAUUGCGACGAAGCCUUCGACACGACAAUCAGCAAGUUCACGUAUGAGCCCGUUACCUGGGACCAACGUGUCUUUUACCAACGGCUAGACCAUAUAAAGGAGCACCUACAGAGCGGGAGCACCAUGAACGAUGCGCGUCCCAACGAGGCAUUCCGGACUUGGCUUGGGAAGCCCCCGGCACCCGCCCUACCGGACCAACGGGCAAUCCUGUGCAGCCACUGCCAGGUGAUUUGGACAGACCCCGAGGGGGUUAGGCCUGAAGGAGAAGCAGCUUCUGGAAUCCCAUGUCCAAAAUGCAAGGCUGAGUGGAAGUUUUUCAAUACCUACGGCGACCUGUCACGGAAGCAACCAACGAGGUGCGCAGAGCAGCACUUUGGCGGUAAACAUGUAGACGGCGAAAAGACCUGCGACCAUAACUGGGCGAAGGAAAGGACAGCCUUUAUGGGGGGUUACGUGGUCUGCAUCGAAUGCAGGAUUGCGAUAAAGCCCGAGGAUUGGACCCACACGUGGGUGCAGUCUCAGCUUCGUGGGGACAUGUGCUGCUACUGCGGAAUAACGACGCAAAUGGGCAAGGACGCAAAACGCGCAAAAGACUGGAGGUACAGGCCUCUUCCAGCCGCCGGGGAAGGUUUAGAGCCAGAGGCGGACAAGAAGAAAAACAAGCCUCUGGAAUGGUUGCGGCGGAGUCUCCAGCGGUGAUAUCGAGGUUGCUUGAUGCCUACCUUGUCUGUCUGUCAAGCCAGGUGACUAUGGGCAGACUGUGUCUUCCUCACAGCUGAAGUCGAGUGUCGGGCGUCCUGCACUGCAUUACAUGGUGCAGCUGGUCAUUUUUGGCUACGAGACAGUUUCGUGCCGCAAGAAGCAAGAAAAGUAACCUAAUCUAGGUGCCUUUCUCAAUACACUU